AUGCCAAACCAUUCAUCAUCACGUGAUUGCCUUCGUUUCUCUUUAACCCCAAUACAACUUGUCGUCCGUCCUCCGAAAGCGUUGCGUAAGAGUGGGGAGAAGUAUGAAGCUAGUGCUGAGCUCCUUGUGAAGUGGUUGGUUGGUACAUCAUCUAAAGGUCGUGCAUGCUUCUCUAUUCAAUUACCCCUGCAUCUCAUCAUGAAUGGUUCGACAGAAAGUACUCAGAUAGUACUUUCGUUAACGGGUAUGGAUAAUAUUGUGUUUGAGGCGAAAAUGCGUCGAAAGUUGAAAAGUAGUAGUAGUAGUAGUAGUAAAUAUGAAUCAGGUGCGGUACUUUACCAAAAAAAGAUGCUACGUUUAGAGAUAACACUUCUUAUACGGAAGAAGAAAAAGUCUAGUAUUCAGAAUACUAUGAAUGAAGUUUCUUUUGAAAAAAAAGAAGACCCAAACACUCGUGUCUCCUCCUUUCCAUUGGCGAAAUGUUUAAUAGAUUUAAGGGAUUUAAUUCCUGGUGGAGAUGUGCCACAUUGUGUGCGUCUUCAAAUGGAAAAUAGGCAGGAUUAUAUGGAUGUUGAUUGCAUUGUGCAGUCAUCACAAAACCUAUCCAAUCCAGAGACACGUGUUAAUUUUAUUCAUGCAGGCAGUAGUACUAGUAGUACUAGUAGUACCUGUUCCACAGUCUGUUCAGGGGUUUCUGAAAGUGUUGCUACAGCCAACUCUUCUGAUGGUGGCCAUAUGAGAAGAGAAAAAGAAAUUACAAAAACGCAUAAUUCAAGUGUAGUGAGUACAGAAGCUGGAUCACUCUAUCAUGAUAGUAGUGAUCAUCCCUUGAUGUUGUCAUCAAGUGAUGUGCAGAUAUCAUUAACACAAGAGGAGAUCUUGAGAAAGGAAAGGGUGGGUAGUAUUCACAACAAAGGGCAACAACAACAACAACAACAAGAGGAGUUAGCAGAGGCAGAGUCUUCAGGGAUAGUUACUAUGGCCCCAAUGCCUAAUGCAGAUUUAUCAACUAUUUACGAAUAUUGUGAAACUUCCCUUCGUCGUGUGGCACUCUUAUAUGAACAUGGUGAAGGGACCACUACUACUACUACAGCAUCAAAACCACCCUUUUCACCACUACAACAAAUUCUUAGGGAAGGUGUAUCAUGUGAACAGCAGUUUAUGGAAAAUGAUGCGAUGAAAUUGUUUAAUAAAUUAUUUCCUCAUCACUCUAGUCCAUUUGCAUUUAUGCCAGCCCUACAUUCUAGACGACGUGAUAGUGAUUAUCCCACCACACAUACAUGGUUAGAAGUACCAACUACCUUUCCACAUGUUGCUUACUACACAACACCAUACAAAAUGCGUUAUCGUAAAGAUCAGAGUCUUGAUGCAUAUGAAUACGCUGUUGUUGUGGCUGCUGGUAAUCGUGUUUUAGUUCAUGUAAUGAGUGUAGCCCCUUCAGCUCCUCUUGUAGGGAGUGAACUUCGCGUAGAGUUACUUGUGGAGAUUAUACAAGGUGGACUCGUACGGGCGGUGGUGUUUAUCUCUAUACCGAGGAAGUUACGAUUAUUAAUGCGCUCACAGAUCACAACACAGAUGAUGAAGUUUGAGAGAUUACUGCGGGAAACACUAUCUGAACUUGCCCAUCGCACUUCACAUGAAGUUGCAAAGAGUAAAGUACCAAAAGAAACAUCAUCACUGUUAGUAUUAAAUCUUUCUUCUUCUGUAGAUCCAAAUAUGUGGCGUAGACUUCGGAGUGUGGAGAUUUUUCCACAUGAGGCUCAUGUAGAAGUUAUUCUCUCACGACUGCAGCAAAUAGAUCUCCCACCUCCUCGUGAAUGUGAACCACUAGUGUGUACACUUGAGGAACUUGUCUGUCUACAUCGUGAUUCUGCUACCAUAGUGCGUUUAGUCAUUCUAAUGCUGAUGCGUAUUGUUAAAGAACGAAUAAAUAUGGAAGAACUCGUAAAGGCAUCACCAACACUUGCUACUACACUUCAACAGGUGUGUGCUGUACAACCUCUAAAGAGUCUAUUUACAGCCGAAUCCACUAUACCACACUUCAGUAGUCAUCAAAUGAAUAAUACGGAUGAGCAUAAAAUAAAUAUUUCAAGAGAAAUAGAUAUAGAAGAGUUUUUAAAGAAUCUUUCUAUGAGUACAGCUUUUCAGCAAGAAAGAAAACGACGUGAACUUUCUGCUGUACGAAAUGUAUGGGAAAUACUCUCUACAAAUGUGGGGGAUCGUGUGAUUGCGGCGGAGGUUCUGCAACGCCUGCGUUGUGAACGAAUUCUUCUCUCUUCAGAGCGGCAAUGUCAUUUACUAAACGCCGCUUUGGUUUUGCAUAUGGACUACGCCCCAAUUGCAAUUUCUAUUCUUAUCAUCAUGGUACAUAACUACCGUUAUAAUCAUUCACCUUUUUUCCAUGAAUUGAAACCUUUAACUGCAGACUUUAUAUUUGCUCUUAAACGGGCUAUGAAAAUAUAUCAUGAAGACUUUGUAUUUGAAACUUCCAACUCUUUACUUGCUGUUCGUGAUGCCUUUACCGAAGCAUUGGAUGAACGUUAUUCAAAUCUAACCUUUUUUCAGAAACACUUCGUACCAGUCUUGUCAGAGGACUCUCUUUUUACUUGCAAGGUCCGCUGCAUCCAUUCAAGUAUCUCUCUUGGUGAUACUACUACUACUACUGGGGUUACUGCUGCUCUUAUUGGUGAAACAAUGCUAACAGUUACACCAUCUUUCUUAUGUAUUGGAUCUAAUGCCUUUCCGCUUGUACAUAUACAACAGUUACGAUUACACAAACACUGGUGGUGUUUACCAGCACUUACUCUAUACAUUAAGGCUUCAAGUGACUUAGCAGCAAUAUCAGUGAGAGGGUUAAGAGAGGAAAUUCAGCAUGAGAUUUCGAUUGUUGUUUGGCAAAGGAAGGAGCUUGUUUCCUUAUUGCUUGAGAGAAACAGUGAAAUUUUAGUGGAUCACUAA